CUCUCGAACUGGGUUCUAAUGAGUAAUGAAUAAAAAAAAUCCCCAUCGCCCAAAUACCCUGCGAAUACAAGAACAAGAAGAACCGCCCGCCUUCCGUCCGAGAAAGAGGUAGGAGACUCAUAGGGAGUGAGAGCGUGAGAGAAGGGAGGGGGAGGAGGAAAGGAAAGAGAAGAGAGGAGAGAAAGCGCUGUGGUGGCGGCGGCGGAGAAGGGGGCAAGAGGCGAUGCAACGCCGGAAGGCGGUGACGUGGGGGACGGUGGGGAAAUCGGCGCAGGCGGUCGUGGGGCACGGGCUGCUCUUCUGGUUCACUCUCUUCCUCGCCCUCAAGAUCGAUGGCCGCAUCUCCUAUUCUUGGUGGAUAGUUUUUGUCCCCCUUUGGCUGUUUCAUGCUGUUGUUGCGCGUGGAAGGUUCUCCUUACCUGCUCCAUCAUUACCUCAUGAUCGUCAUUGGGCACCUUGUCAUGCUAUUGUUGCGGGACCAUUAUUAAUUGCAUUUGAGCUGCUUCUUUGUGUUUAUCUCCAGAGCAUUAGCGCUCACACUGACCCAGCUUUUAACCUGAAGAUCGUUUUUCUUCCCCUUUUGGCCUUUGAAGUAAUUAUUCUUGUUGACAACUUCAGAAUGUGUAGGGCUUUAAUGCCAGGAGAUGAAGAAAGCAUGAGUGACGAAGCCAUAUGGGAGACACUUCCUCACUUUUGGGUUGCGAUCUCCAUGGUGUUCAUGAUAGCUGCUACAACAUUUACACUUCUUAAGAUAAGUGGUGAUGUAGGUGCUUUGGGCUGGUGGGAUCUAUUUAUAAAUUUUGGAAUUGCAGAGUGCUUUGCUUUCCUCGUCUGUACAAAGUGGUCUAAUCCAAUGAUUCAUAGUCAGCCACAUCAUGCAGAAGCAAGCUCGUCCUCCACAGCAAUUAGAUAUCAUGAUUGGAAUAGUGGCCUUGUGCUUCCUUCAAUCGAGGAUCAUGACCAGGAUAGGUUAUGUGGUCUCCAAGACAUAGGAGGCCAUAUAAUGAAAAUUCCACUUGUAGCUUUCCAGGUUUUGCUAUGUAUGCGCUUAGAGGGAACACCACCUAGUGCUCAAUAUAUUCCAAUUUUGGCUCUUUUCCUGCCAAUGUUUCUUUUGCAAGGUGCCGGUGUCCUCUUUGCUAUAUCAAGAUUGGUGCAGAAGCUUGUUCUUUUACUACAUAGUGGAUCAGUUAGCAAUAGAUAUCUCACAAUUUCAUCAAGUGCUCAUGAUUGCUUUGCCUUCCUACAUCAUGGUUCAAGAUUGCUGGGUUGGUGGUCUAUUGAUGAAGGAAGCAAAGAAGAGCAAGCUCGCUUCUUUCAUGCUGAAGCCACCAGUUAUAACACUUUCUGUGGUUACCCACCUGAGGUGGUGAAGAAAAUGCCUAAGAAGGAUCUUGCUGAAGAGGUUUGGAGAUUACAAGCAGCUUUGGGAGAACAAUCUGAAAUCACAAAGUAUAGCCAGCAAGAGUAUGAAAGGCUCCAACAUGAAAAGAUCCUGUGUAGGGUUUGCUUUGAGGGAGAAAUAUGCAUGGUCCUCCUUCCUUGCCGGCACCGCACUCUUUGCAAGCCUUGCUCUGAGAGGUGUAAGAAAUGCCCUAUAUGCCGUGUCUCCAUCGAGGAACGCAUGCUUGUAUAUGAGGUAUAAGCUUGACUAACCUGUCAAAACAAGGUGAUAGAAAUGUAUAGGUUUUUUCUUUUACGGCUGUCUGUGUGGGGUCUCUCUCUCCCUCUCUGUGUGCCCGCGUGCUUUUUCUGAUAUUAUGUACAAAUUUGAACAUUUGAAAAUGAUUGAGAUCCAACUCAAUUGCUGAAUGGUGCAUCCAUGCAGCCUAAACUUGCUUGUAAUAUCUGUCGAAAGCAACUAGGUGGCUGGUGAAACACAGUGGCUGUUCCAAUUUGUUUUCUUUCCAUGUAAAACGAUGCUUAUAGGUUUGAAUUUAGUUAUGAAAUGACCUUUUUUUUUCUC